AUGUAUCGUCCGUUCCGGAUCCCCAACUACAACGAUUACUCGCCUGGCUACCUGAUGCCACCUGGACUUCAUGACGGUUCAACAAUGCCGAGCCAGUCAUCUGUACAAUCCCCAAUGUCGCCUUCCAGCAGCCUCGGCCCGGAUCAUGCUCAAGGCAGCAUCCUCUCUCUAGAAGUACCCCAGCUUCUGCCAGAUGAUCUGUCGCAUUCGUUGAUGGGAAUAUCAUCUCGAUUGGCCAACGAGUACCCGAACAAUGACGAGGAGUUUUCCUUCGACGAUGUACUCGGGACAAGCCCUCGGACUCAGCAACCUCUUUGCCCUCCACAGAUCGACGCCUCCUCUGAUCUAUUAGAAAGGUUGCGUAGUGAUUUGGAGAAUGUCGGAGCAACGGUCCAGGAGAUAGUCUCCCAACUUGAUGUCCCCCAGCUGUACGAUAUCAAAGAUCUCCUUAAGCGCAGAUUUAGUCGGUUUGAGACUACCAUCCAAACCAGAAUUGAAUGCGAGGAGCAGCCCAGCCCUAGUUGCAGGGCUAAGGAUAGAUAUCUCUGCAAGCUCUGCAAGCCUGAAAAUCGCAGGGUGUAUACUCUUCGGGGUACCUUCAAGCGGCAUGUCUCUGGGGUACAUCAACACGAAUUCCAAUUCCGUUGCCCUUUCUCGUGCCACUGGACCACAUUUAGAAGGGACAAGGUGCACACGCACUUGAGAAUCGCCCACAAGUGGCCAGGCAGGCUGAGUCGGGACCAAAUGAACCGUCUUGAAAGACGCCUGCCUCCGCCGACGAUGUGCGACAUUUGCUACUGUUUGGUCGAGACCUGGGAUGAGUACUUCACAUGUGUUGCCACGCAUUGCCGUCUUCGCGAGAACGACUCGACAGACACCAGUGCGUCUCAAAGCAGACGAAGCAGUGGAGACAGCGGAAGCGGCGCGAAUGGAGGCAGCGGGAACUUCCAUGGAAAUGGCUUUCCCGGAGGAUUCUACAACGGCUUCCAGUUUGGGGGUGGAGGUGGCCAAACGAAUGGUGGCUCAUAUUACUCGAGUACCGACCAGCAUUACUUCUCCCAGGCCAGCAGCUACUCCAACGAAAUGGAUUCGGCUUCCCUCAGCGGGCGAAGCCCCUCUGCACUGGGUUCCGGCUCAGAAAGUCCCGUCUCCUUUAGGAGACAGACAUCCCACGACCCGGUCUUCAAACAGCAAAGCAAGGUCGAAGAGAUAAACGGAGAGACCGGAACCACCCCAGUUUAUCCACAGUCACUCCAGCGCAGUGCUACAGAAUCUCCUCGAAGCUCUACAGAUGUAGGCUCAGAUGGACAAUCACCAUCUAAAGCCCCCCCUCGAUCAAAAAUCCAAUCAGCCGAUGUACCUUUCCGAGUGAAUAAUCUGGGAAGUUUGCUAAAAAGACAUUCGCAAAGGCCUGUUUCUCCUGCAUCGGAUGCCAUCGACAAAAAGGAGUGCAAGAUCUGUGGUCAUAUCAUGAGUGAUUGCACAAGCUGUCAUUCACUGCAACUAAAUGCUGAUAAGUGCCAUCUUUGCAUAGAUGGAUCUUGCCAGAAAGUUUCUUUGAAAACCCAUCAACUACCGAAUUGUGGUUUGAACGAUGCCGCUGUUGACCAGGCGACGGACUGCACCCACCCCGCAGAUGUGACUAUGCAGGUGUCGGAGAAGUCCCUGCAGCGUUUACCGCAGGUUUCCCAAGCAUAUGGGGAUUCGGAACCAACCGCAAAACACCCAAGACGAACCAGGGAUGAUGCUGUCAUUUUGCCUGGCACAUCCUCCCAAAAGGCUGUCCAUCCACCUACCUCGACUGUGUCCACCGAGGAUCGCAAAUCCAACCAGACUGGUUUCUUUGACAUUUCUACCCAAAAUACAUCCGACGAUUCAUCAUCAAUGAUGCUCAUACCGAAAGACCUCUCACCAUCUACGGGCAAAGCUUUAACCAGUGGACCCCAACAACAGCAACAAGAAUCAUCGUCGGAGACUAGGCUUUUGCCAUACCCCCUAAUUGUCGCGAAGUACCCGAGCAACUUGCACCAUGGCUUGGGAAUAUAUGGAUACCAGAGACCAAUGCUCAACCCCAAUAAAACCUUGGCUGUUGAAAUGACGCUCCCAUAUCGUGUUCCGCCCGGAGGAUGCUUGCAACAGCGCCCCGGAAUAUUCUUGUCCACGGACAUGACUGCCAGUAUCCGACAUGGAAGAGCCAAGGGAUCAAGUGGGACGCAUUCGUGCAUCAGUGGAAAAUUCAUGCAGCAUUAUCGAACGUCCACACCUAGAGACGCAGAGUCCCUAGAAGACCACCAAGACAAAGGCUCAAAAAGCCUUGAACUUGUUACUCAGAGCUUCUUCGUGCUAAAUCAACGGCUGGAAUGUCUGAAUUAUCCCGUACCUACCAACCGACCGGUUCCAGCCAAACACAUUCUCUCGCGCAAGAAAUACAAUGCGCUACGAACCAAACUCCAAGUCAUUGUCGAAAUCCUAGCACUCCACAAGUCUUCCAGAGCCCCGAUAUUGGACCCGGAGGAGUCUAGCAUCUCAUACCUGAAAUCCAUCGUUCCGACAGGGAGUUACCUCAAGUCGCCAGUUUUCGACUUCGACCUCAGCCGUCUGGACAUACAUUCGUCGCUCCCAUUGCUUUCGGAGACAUUGUCCUUGCUACAAACAAGCCCGAAAGGGAAUACGUCAACCAAGCUUACCGACUAUAUAUACGACCCUGAUGAUGAAGUAGAUCUCAUGUUGCGUUAUUUGACACCCUUACUUAUGAAACUCUUGCGCAUGCCGACCCUUCCUAUUGAUACUGCGACAACUGCAGCUGCUACAAUGCUUGAAAUUUGA